CUCCUUUUUCCCCCCCCCCCCCCCAACAGCUUGCAACCGAUCGGCACUGAGGGACACGCAAGCUAAGAAGGACUGCGCGAGAUCUAGGGGGGAAGGAAAGGGGGGGAGCAAGCUUGGGGAUUUUGAUUUUUGUAAAAGAGAAGUGCCUCUUUGAUGUCGUUGUCCGGGGCUCCCCCCCACGCACGAUCCAUUAAGAGAAAGUGAUUUGGAAUUGACGAAUCGGCCUCUCGUUCAUUGAGAGGGGGGGAAGAGAGAGAGACCAGGAAAUUCAACGUGCGUGACUGCGGAGGAGAAGAAGGGAGAGGAAAAACCCUCACCCCCGUCUGGAAAACAAAACUGGGAGACUUUUUUCAAUGUGCUCCUGAUCCUUUUUUGGGUUGCAGUUUUAUUCCCGUGUUUUGCCUGGAGGGACAAAUCCAGAUUCUCUCGUGGAUGUUUUCCUGGUCGACUUUCAAUGAUUCUUUGCUUGCAACCUGGACUGAAGAUUUCAGAUGUUUUCUAAGCUUCCUGGAGUGACUACUCUUCAGGGUACUGAUGGAGACAAGAGCUCAGAAUGGCAGCGGGUCACAGCCCUUGCUACAGGGUCAGCAUGACGGCGGGAGGCAGUAUGGGGAAUCUGACCUGCGGGAUGUUUUGGCACAACAAGUCCACGUCUUGUCCUUGGACCAGAUCAAGGCCAUCCGAAAUACAAACGAGUACACAGAGCCACCUACAGUGGCUCCGCGGCCAGUGGUGAAAGUGGCCCCCCGUCCACUUGUCCAGCACAAAAACGAAAGGCCGCACGGAUUGACUGAGCAGCGUCAUGUUAACAGGGUCCAGCAUCCCCAGGUCCACACGUCUUCCCGGGUACCGCUGUCCCGUUCAAUUAGCACAGUCAGUACUGGCUCGCGGGGCAGUACGAAGACAAGUACGAGCAGUAACUCGUCGGAACAAAGACUUCUGGGGUCCUCGUUGGGGACCGUCGUUGACGGGAUAAUCCGAGUGCAACCCAAGUCGGAGCUGAAGGCGACAGAGCUGAAGCCCUCUAGCAAAGAAGAUUUGCACCUGCAUGCCUACAGGUGUGAGGACUGCGGGAAAUGUAAGUGUAAGGAGUGCACUUAUCCACGAACCCUUCCCUCCUGCUGGAUCUGUGACAAACAGUGUCUUUGCUCGGCUCAGAAUGUGGUUGAUUAUGGGACUUGCGUCUGCUGCGUGAAAGGGCUUUUCUACCACUGCUCCAACGAUGACGAGGACAACUGCGCUGACAACCCCUGCUCUUGCAGCCAGUCCCACUGCUGCACUCGGUGGUCCACCAUGGGACUGGUCUCCCUCGUCCUGCCUUGCUUGUGGUGUUACCUGCCAGCCAAGGGUUGCCUUAAGUUGUGCCAGGGGUGUUACGACCGGGUCAACAGGCCCGGGUGUCGCUGCAAGCACUCCAACACAGUCUGCUGCAAGGUUCCCAGUGUCCCCCCCAGGAACUUUGACAAGCCAACAUAGCAUCACUAAUCAGGAGUCGGAGAAAAGUAAUAAGGAUUAUUUCUUUAACACCCUAUGCAGCCAAUGAAAUGGCACUGUUGGGAUGAUUUGGGUGGGGGGGCGGAAGGGGGGUACAUUGAGGUUUGCGGUGACCUGCUUUUCUGUGUGUGUUUGCAUGGGCCAGCUUAAUGGAUAUGCUUGUUAGAACCCACCUAAUGGAGGUCACAAUGGGGGGUACACUCCAUGGGGACCCAAAUAUUACAUAAGCUAACGCAACUGAGACACUCCUAGGCAAUCUGUUGUGUUGUUUUGGUUUGUUUGUUUUUUUAAAAAAAAUGAAUAGUACAUUUGUAAAUUAGAACACUACUUCACCCCGGUCCCAAUUCUUUUCUGCCAGAGAUGUGCUAUAUUUUUGUAUAUAGGAUAUUUUCAACUGUGAAAAACAACAACACAAGUGUCAUAGAAAAUAUGGCACAGGUCACAAAAUAUUAUACUAAUAUGUUGUACAUUCAGAAGAAUGUGAAUCAAUCAGUAUGUUUUUAGAUUGUAUUUUGCCUUAUGGAAACCCUUCAAUUGCAAGACUGAUUUUUCUCCCUCCCCCCCACCCCCUCUUUGGACUUCAUGUAUAUUGUACAGUUACAGUAAAAUUCAGUCUUUAUUUUCUAAUUUUUUCAACAUAUUGUUUAGUGUAAAGAAUAUUUAUUUGAAGUUUUAUUAUUUUAUAAAAAAUAUUUAUUUUAUGAGGCAUCUUACAAAUU